AUGACAACUAUCCUACGUUAUACACCUGAUGAAUUAAUUACACUUUACAAGCCAAGCCCACCUCCCCCAAACAUUGAAAGCUUCGGCCCCGUUAAAUUUACUGGAAAUUUUCAACCUUUGCAAUAUUUUAAACCUCCAAAGAAAAAAUUUUAUCGUGAUUCUCUUGAUCCAGCAAAAGGUCCAAUUCCUGCAUUUAAUCCUGUUCGCGCUAAUAGAUUUUCGCAGAAUUCCCAAUCUCCUCCCCCAAAUUAUUUUCCGAAAAAUUCUUAUCGCUAUCAAAGGAAUGCUAGUAUAUCAGAAAAUGAAGCAGACAAUUCCGAACCUGUUUAUUCUUUUGAGCAUGUUAUCGACCAACCUUCCAGUGGCUCAGAUUUAACAGAACCAGAAUUCCAUCGAACUCCCAAACAAAAUUAUUAUAAUGGACCACAACAACCGCAACAACCACCUCCAAACCAGCCCUAUCAACAGCCUACAAUCUUUAAUCCUCAAUAUCCAAAUCCAGGAUUUUCACCCUAUUACAACCAACAAUAUAUGAACACACCAUACGAUCAACAAAUGUAUCAGAAUCAAGUUUCCUAUCAGCAAUUUCAACUUAUGCAGCAAUUUUUCAUGUUUCAAGCGAUGCAAAAUCAAGUACCACAGAAUCCAAUGGAACAGUUCGAGCAAUUCCAAAAAAUGUACGGAACAAUGCUAAAUUUCCAACUUUUCCAACAAAUGUAUGCAUCAAUGAUUAAUUAUCCACCUGGAUAUGCUCCUCAGUACCAACCAAUGAAUUUCGCACCUCCCCCUCAACAAAAUUAUACUCAAACACCUCCACAGCCAGCACCAGAAACAAAACGUACGCCUCCAAGACAAAAUUUACCACCACAAUUUCAACAUUACGUUCCUUCGCCCCAGAAAUCAGAACAAACAACACCAUCACCUCCACGGAAUACACAGAACUCAUCUUCUUAUCAAUCCCAGAAAACAAAUACAAAAUUCUCUCCGAAAAAAGAACAAAGCGACAACGAUGACUACAGUGACUAUUCAAGCUACUAUUCGGAAGAAUCCGAAGACGAAUAUGAAGAAGUUUUUGCUGCUGUUACUGAAAAAAUACCAGCAUUCGCACCAAAAAAGAGAGAAGACGCUCAGUCUGUUGAAUUGCCCCCUCCAGUAACUAAGCGUCCAAAUCACGACAACAUAAAAUAUUAUAAUACAGAUAAAUAUUCAAAUGCAGAUAAAUAUGCGCCAUAUUACCCUAAAAACAACAAAUAA